GAGAGAGAGAGAGAGAGAGGGAGAGAAGGAGGGAUGUUACAAUUAGGGUUGCAAGGUUGACCCGCCAAAUCCUCUCCGCUCAAUCAACCUUAAUUUUAUCGGUUUGCUCAUCCGGCAUUGCAUUCUUAUGAAUCGGAUCCUGACCCGGAUCCUUCAAUUUACUGAUUCGGACUCGAACCGGCUCUCUCUCCGGCAAUGGCGGAGAAAUCUUCGCCAUCUGCGUCGGCGAACAGAUCGGAAGCUCCUAAGGACUCCUCGAUGACACAAAGUGAAGAAAAUAACCUGACUGUUAAGGAGGUUUUAUCUGUAAUAGCUUUAUUAAAGAAGCAAGUUACAGUCGACCGGUCUGUUUCUGUAAAGAAAAGAUUGGAAGAAAACAGGCAAAAAGUGGGUGGUAUAACGAGCCAUCUUUAUAAAUUGUCAAAUGAACGAAGAAGCAGUUGGAUUAGUGACUCUGAUAGUGCUUUGGAUCUAUUGACUAAGAGACAGAAAGAUGCACUUGGUAUGCAAAAUGGAAUUGACGUGAGUAAUGGGGAUAAGGAUAGUCAUAGCUAUCAAGAAGCUUCUACAGCAGUUCUUAUGGGAUCUAGUAUUCCAGUAAAGAAUGCUGUUCGUCCUAUUAAGCUUACAGAAGUGAAAAAGCUACCGCCGUAUACUACAUGGAUAUUUCUAGACAGAAAUCAAAGAAUGACGGAGGAUCAAUCAGUGGUGGGUCGAAGGAGAAUCUAUUAUGAUCAAAAUGGUGGUGAAGCACUUAUCUGCAGUGACAGUGAGGAGGAAGUAAUUGAGGAAGAAGAGGAAAAGAGAGAUUUUGUGGAAUCUGAAGACUUUAUUCUUCGCAUGACUAUCAAGGAAGUUGGUUUGUCUGAUCCAGUAUUGGAAUCACUAGCACAAUGUUUUUCUAGAAGUCCUCCUGAAGUCAAGGCAAGAUAUGAAACUCUUAUGAAGGAGGAGAAGGAUGCUGGGGCCUCUAAGAAUGCAGAUAUUGAAGCACAAAAUUGGAAUUCCUUUCUUGAAAAAGAUCUUGAAGCAGGUCUCGAUUCUUUCGACAAUUUAUUUUGUAGACGAUGCCUUGUCUUUGAUUGCAGAUUACAUGGAUGUUCUCAGGACCUUAUCUUUCCUGCUGAUAAACAAACUCCAUGGAGCCAUCCAGAUGAAGAAAAUGCACCAUGUGGCCCGCAUUGCUAUCGUUUGGUACUGAAGUCAGAAAGAAAUGGCACAGUCAGCUCUCCAAUCAAUACUGAAGAAAAGUCCAACUCUUCAUCUGAUGGUGUUGGGGCACAAACAUCAUUCCGUAAGAAACCUUCUGGUCCAUCUGCUAGGAGGAAGGUAAAGUCCUGCCAAAGUGAAAGUGCCUCGUCCAAUGCUAAAAAUCUUUCAGAAAGUAGUGACUCAGAGAUUGGACCCAGGCCUGAAGACUCCUCAUCUAUUCCCCAGUUAUCACCUUCCAAGAAUAAAAUUGCUGGAAAAUCUGGAAUUCGCAAAAGGAAUAGCAAGCGAGUUGCUGAACGUGUAUUAGUUUGCAUGCGUAAGAGGCAGAAGAAGAUGGCAGCUUCUGAUUCUGAUUCUGUUGUGAGUGGAGGUGUUAUGCCUGCUGAUAUAAAACUCAGGUCUAAUGCACGAAAAGAAAACGAAGAGACUAUGUCUUCUUCACAGAAGAAUGUCAAAUCUCCAAACACAGGAAGGUCUAGGAGGAAAGAGUGGCCAUUACAGGAAGGACUGCAAGGCGAAGUUCCUGAAGUUCCUUCUAGCGAGACUAUUAAUGAUUUGCCUCGGACUAGUGGCAAUGAUGGCCUGAGAAAAGAAGAGUUUGUGGAUGAAAACAUAUGUAAACAAGAAGCAAGUGAUCAUAAAUCUUGGAAAGCUAUUGAAAAAGGUCUUUUUGAGAAAGGUGUGGAGAUUUUUGGCAGGAACAGCUGUUUGAUUGCCAGAAAUCUGUUAAAUGGUUUGAAGACAUGUUGGGAGGUUUUCCAAUACAUGACCUGCUCUGACAAUAAACUGGCUUGCCAUGCAGCUGAUGGUGUUAUAUCUCUUCUUGAAGGUUAUUCCAAGUUUGACCUUAAUGGAAACAUGGGAAAUAAUGAAGUAAGACGGAGAUCAAGAUUCUUACGUAGAAGGGGUAGAGUCCGUCGCUUGAAAUAUACCUGGAAAUCAGCUGCGUAUCACUCAAUCAGGAAACGGAUUACUGAGAGAAAAGAUCAGCCAUGCCGGCAGUAUAAUCCAUGUAGUUGUCAAACAGCUUGUGGAAAGCAAUGUUCCUGUCUUUUAAAUGGGACCUGCUGCGAAAAAUACUGCGGAUGUCCAAAGAGUUGCAAGAAUCGAUUUAGAGGUUGUCAUUGUGCUAAAAGUCAAUGUCGAAGCCGUCAGUGUCCAUGCUUUGCUGCAGACAGGGAAUGUGAUCCAGAUGUUUGUAGAAAUUGUUGGGUCAGUUGUGGUGAUGGCACUGGCAGUCUUGGGGUUCCUCCGCAAAGAGGUGACAAUUAUGAAUGCAGAAAUAUGAAGCUUCUUCUCAAACAACAACAAAGGGUCUUGCUUGGAAGAUCUGAUGUUUCUGGAUGGGGAGCUUUCUUGAAGAAUAGUGUUGGCAAGCAUGAAUACCUCGGUGAGUACACUGGGGAGCUGAUUUCACAUCGGGAAGCAGAUAAGCGUGGAAAGAUAUAUGACCGUGAAAAUUCUUCAUUUCUCUUCAAUCUGAAUGAUCAGUUUGUUCUUGAUGCUUACCGAAAGGGUGACAAAUUGAAGUUUGCCAACCAUUCUCCUGAUCCUAAUUGCUAUGCAAAGGUCAUUAUGGUUGCAGGGGAUCAUCGGGUGGGUAUAUUUGCCAAAGAACGAAUUAAUGCAGGAGAGGAACUUUUCUAUGACUAUCGUUAUGAGCCUGACAGGGCUCCUGCUUGGGCUAGAAAGCCUGAGGCAUCUGGGUCCAAAAAAGAGGAUGGUGCUCCAAGUGGACGUGCUAAGAAGCUUGCUUAACCUGACCAUUUAUUUACAUCCUAAAUUCAAAUUUUUUGCCAUUCUUUCACAGGUAGAAGGAUCAUUCUCAUUGAUAGAUGAUAGGAAAGGUGAAUGUUCUAUCAUUUUGUUGGAGGGGCCAUUGUCAUCUCCACUGAUAACUUAUUUGAUUUUUGCCUUUAAUUCAACUUUAUUGCCAGACUAGACUGUGUUCAUUAAAGCUGGAAAAAGAAAAUCACCAUCUUCGAUGGAUUAAUAUCUCACCUGACAUGACAUCAAACUUUUUCUUGUAAACGGCAAAUACUAAAAUCAAUCAUGCUGGCCUCCUUUUUGUUA